GACUCGCGUAGUACGCGCAGCAGUACGUCCCGCAAACAUGGCGCCCGAAUGAAGGACGCCGUACGCGAGUGCCUGCCAGAUCCGCCGUCGCGUUACGCACACGUCCGCACGCAGUCGGCCCAGCGAGGUCGGCCCGUCCCGUUCGCAGAAUGAGCAACCUGUCGCCGUUCGGCGGCGGCAAGAACCCGCCCUGGGUCCGCAAUGCAGGACAAGGCAUACAAAACAUCCAGCAGCAAAUGCUGGGCCAGGCCAUGAGCAGCAUCGGAGGGCAGCCCAUGGUGCAGUACCAGCAGCAGACCCAGCAGGUCUACCCGCAGAGUCUGGGAUUGCAGCAGCCCAACAUCACCAUGGCAUCCAUGGCCACUCUCGGCUCGAAUUUGUCGUCUGGUAUAGCCGGACAGCUGUAUCCGCAGGUUGCUACCGUUUCGUACCCGACGCCGCGUGCGCUGAACACCAACGCCUUUCAGCCCUCCGUAGCUGGCGUUCCGCAGCAGGUUCAGCAGAACGUACCUUCGUCGUCGACGAAACAGCGAGUCUUCACGGGUACAGUUACCAAAGUACACGACAACUUCGGAUUUGUAGACGAAGAUGUAUUUUUUCAAACUGGCGCGUGCGUGAAGGGAUCUAAUCCCGUAGUGGGAGACCGCGUGCUCGUAGAGGCAUCGUACAACCCUUCGAUGCCGUUCAAAUGGAACGCCACUAGAAUACAAGUGCUGCCCAUGGGUAAUAAUAGCAACAACGCCAACACUCAGCAGACUAACCAGCCGAACCGUCAGCAGCAGCAGCAGCAACAGCAACAGCCGAACAGGACGUCCGGCACUUACAAUGCUGUACCUCCUCCCAACGAAAAUCCUAAUAACAGUAGGUUCACGACAAGCACGACUAAUUCCAACACGACCAGCAACCGUAACAAAGUCAGUAGAGUGAGAGAAAGAUCGCCCCGCGAGCGGAGAAACGACGACGAGGAGAUAGAGAGAAAGAGACGCCGCGAAGAACGAAUAAGAGAGCGCGAGAAGAAGGAGGACCGGAGCCCGUCGAGGACCAGGAGGAGCAAAUCGCCGAGACCUCGUCGGCGUACACGAGUCGUGCCGCGUUACAUGGUUCAAAUACCGAAAAUUGCGCUUGACCUGCCUGAAGCAGACGUUCUUGAAAUAAGAAGACGCUAUCAAAAUAUGUACAUUCCUAGCGACUUCUUUUCCACUAACUUCAGAUGGGUCGAUGCCUUUCCACCGCAUAUGCCGUUCACACUUAAUAAACCGUGCUCCUUCCACGUUAUGCAUAAAGAUGUCGAUCCGUGUAAUGAAAAUACAGCAGUACUAGAACCAUCGGAUGCCGAUUAUUUAUUCUCUGCGAAGGUCAUGCUCAUAUCCAUGCCAGCCAUGGAAGAGAUAUACAAAAGGUGUUGUGGCGUUUCCGAGGACAGGGAUCCCGAUCGCGAUUACGUUCACCCUACACGCCUUAUAAAUUUCUUAGUAGGCUUGCGGGGCAAAAACGAGACAAUGGCUAUAGGUGGGCCGUGGAGUCCCUCGUUGGACGGUCCUAAUCCUGAAAAAGAUCCGUCUGUGUUAAUCAGGACGGCCGUGAGGACCUGUAAAGCGCUUACCGGCAUAGAUUUGUCCAGUUGCACACAGUGGUACCGCUUCCUGGAACUCUACUACAGACGCGCAGAAACGACCCACAAGUCCGGGCGAGUGGUACCCUCUCGCGUUGAAACCGUCAUACUAUUUCUCCCAGAUGUUUGGAGCUGUGUACCUACCAGAUUGGAAUGGGACGGGCUGCAACUCAACUAUAAGAAACAACUGGAGCGAAAGCUGCUGCGUGCCGCCUCUAAUCCCGACGAUUUGGACGCUGCCAAUGAGACUGAUGAGGCUGCCGCCGCUGAUCAAAAGGACGACUCGAUGCCCGAGAAAAAGGAUCCUACGCACUAUUCCGAGCUAGAUCCCAAAUCGAUGAAUGUGAAUGAACUACGUCAAGAGCUAGCAGCUCGUAAUUUAAGCUCGAAGGGCUUAAAGUCGCAAUUGUUAGCCAGACUUUUGAAGGCAGUAAAAUCCGAGCAAGCCAAAGAGGAGGGUCGGCAAGACGAGGCGGACGAAAACGAAGAGGACGUCUCGCCACCGUCAAAAGAAGAGGACGAGAAAAAAUUCAGAGAUAAUAAGGAUCAUGAUGAAGAUAAGAGGAAGCUUUAUGAACGCGAACGUACUGUGCUCGAGAAGAGGUACACUCUGCCCGAUUCAUCGCACAUUAUCGUUCAUCCGUCUAGAAUGGCUAAAAGUGGCAAAUUUGACUGCACAGUGAUGUCUUUGAGCGUACUGUUGGACUACAGACCAGAAGAUACCAAGGAACAUUCUUUUGAAGUAUCUCUGUUCGCGGAACUGUUCAACGAAAUGUUGAUGCGGGAUUACGGUUUCCGUAUUUAUCGUUCGUUGUCCAGCCUUCCCGAAAAGACCAAGGAGAAGGAUGAAGACAAGAAAAAAGAUAAGAAAGAUGAUAAAAGAGAUGACAAGAAGGACGAUAAGAGGAAGGAAGAUGAGAAGAAAUCCAGUAAGAAGGAUGAAAAGCGAGACGAUAAGAAGAGAGAGGACGCCAAGGAUAAGAAGGACGACAAAGACGCCAAAUGUAAGGUGGACGACAAAGACAGGGAAAAGGAGAAAAAUGAUGAUGAAGAUGAAGAUGAAGAUGACGAAUCAGAUGAUGAUGAUUCCGUCAAAGACGGUAGGAGAGACAAGGAUAAGGACGGAAAGAAGAGAAAAACGAAAUUAUACACGCAUGAUCCUUACCUUUUACUCUCGUUCGUGUAUUUCGAUCAGACGCAUUGUGGAUACAUAUUUGACAAGGAUAUUGAAGAACUUAUUUAUACCCUGGGAUUGAACUUGUCUAGAGCUCAAGUACGGAAACUAGUACAAAAAGUUGUUACAAGAGAUUCUCUGCAUUAUCGCAAAUUAACAGACAAAUCGAAAGAGGACGACUUAAAGGAUGAGAAAAAAGAUGACAAGGAAGGCGACAAGGGUGAAUUCACCAAAGCGGAGAACGAGGAGGACAUAUUGCGUUCACUUGCCCUCGGAAAUAAAAAAUUGUUACCUGUAUUUGUGGGUGGCGGACCGCCCUCGAAAAGAGCGCGGAGAGAGGAUUGUAUCGUAGAAAGAACUGAUGAAGAAACGAUUCCGGAAGGUAUCGUUAUGUACAAAGGCUCUUUGCUAGAUGUAGAAAAACUUGUCAGUCAGUUGAAAAGAUCUGAGAAGGCGCGUUUAGAUACCGAGGAUCGUAUGAUGGAAUUGCAGCAUGAGCUAACUGUAGUCAACGAUAAGUCUAUAAAACAAACUAAUAGUAUUAAGGGUCUUUCGGAAGAUUUGAAAAUGUACAAAGAUAAAUUACGGGGCUCAGAUGAGAAGCUCAAGAAAGUCUCUACGGAUUGCCAUACUUAUCUAACUGCGGUAAAGAAUAUGUAUCACAUAGCGGCCAAAAUGAUGCAGAGUGAUACGAGAAAAGUAGAGGUAGUAGAAAUUCAAGAUGAAAAGGUUAGCGGAGAGAUAAAUGGUUCCGAGAUGGAGAGCAAAUUUAAAACCGACACCAGGUGGGGAGAUAACAAAGUCCAAGUGAAAAAGGAACCCGUCGAUGUAGACAAGGAUAAGAAAUCUGACAAUAAAACUUCUGUCAAGAGAGAAAUUACCGAAGCGGACAAGGAGAAGAAAUAAAGCAUAUUAUCUAUUUAUUAUAGUAGACGAUAUCUGCACCGACACGAAUAAAAGUCUAAUCUUAUUUCACACGCACGUGUGCACGCACGUGUGCACGCACGUGUGCUGUUAGUGACACGAAAAAAGAAAAAGCAGAUGCAACUAGCAACAAGUUCAUCCGAUACCAAAAAUUACGUCAUUGGGACUCGAUUUUGUAACUUUUUCCACUCGAGUGAUAAUAUGUGGUGGCAUCUUCAAACAACAAAAAUAGAGAAGCACUUAAAGUCAUGCAUAACAGUUCAUAGAUAGGAAAAUAUUUUACGUUGCAAUUUUAUGCAUCAUUCAGAAAAAAAAAUGGAUAAAUUUAAAAAGGGGGCUUUUAAAAUACCAUUGAUCUGCCAUUAAGUGCCAGAUAUUGAUACACCAUUGUUAUAUGUUCAAAACUAUGUUAACACCACAGUUACUUGAUUCAGAUAAAUAGCUCGUGAAGGUUUUUACUGAAAAUAAUAGUAACGCAAAUAUGUACUUCGUACGAAACGUUUCCAUCAUUGUUCCAUCACUUGUCUAUGUUACGCAAACAUCAAAUAAUUUCUUAAAUGAAUUUAACUUAACCGUAAGAGCGUGUUUCGAUAUAUUUUUGUGUAUUUUUAAAUUUAAGUUAUAAUAUAACAUAAUUAAACAGCAUAACGUU